AUGGAUAAAUCGAGAAAAUUGAAAUUCCAGCGGCAUACAGCGCUCAAUGACAUUCAGUCCAUUUUUGAUUUGGGUAAUAGAGCAGUGUCGGACUUGAGUUUAAGAUCGUUGUUUAAAAUUAGAGUUAGUGAAAUAGAUUUGAUCAAGGACGAAUUUUUAAAGCAGCAUACAAGCAUUAUUAAUAAUGUUUUGUCGGUACCGGAUUCAGAUACGGGGGACGAAGAAAAAGUCCGAGAAUUAUUCUUGGACUUAUUCUACAAAAUAAAAGUUUUUGACGCGGAAUUCUUUGGGUCACCAUCUGAAAGUCCAGGUCCAGCGUCUUGUGCUUCCGGCGGAGCUCAUCCUUCGCACAUUCGCUUACCUCGUAUUGAUCUUCCGCAUUUUCAAGGAAAUUUUAUUAAUUUUGAAUCCUUUAUAGACCUUUAUAAUUCGAUAGUGCAUAACAAUGCAGCCCUAGGAAACGUAGAAAAAUUGAAAUAUUUGAAAGGUUGUUUAGACGGGACUCCGCUUAGCUUAAUUCGCAAUUUGCCCAUAACUAACGAUAAUUACCAAGUGGCUUAUGAUUUAAUUGUUAAACGGUACACAAAUGUUCGUCGUUGUGCGACCGCCCAUUGGGAUGCGAUAAUGGGCGUUCAAAAAAUCUCUGCGGUUAACUCGAAAAAUCUAGCUAAAUUAGUAGACACCUUUUUAGAAAAUUUAGCCGCAUUGAAAACUUUAGGCCUUCCCACUGAGCAUUGGGAUUUCAUUAUGUUCAAUUUGCUUUUGUCGAAAUUAGAUGUUGAUUCCAUUAAGCUAUUCGAGUUGGAAAAUAAGUCUAAUGAAAUCCCUUCAUUUAAAAAAUUAGUAGCGUUCAUCGAAACCCAAUACAUCGCAUAUGAUAAUUUAGACAGUAGUAUAGGUGAGGAAAAGAAGUCGUCGCGGGCCCCAAAUAACACGGAGCCAAAGGCCAACUCCAAGCAUAAGACUGGUGAUUCAAGGCACAAUCGUAGUAGCUCGUCGUUCGUGACAAAUUCGUCUUCAGUAUGUUGCGCUCUAUGCAAACAAAGCCAUUAUCUCAACCAGUGUUCGUUGUUCUUGAAAAAAUCGCCAAAAGAGAGAUAUCAGUUUUGUAAAGAGUCUUCUUCCUGUUUUAAGUGUCUUAAUCAGGCUAAUCAUUCAGUCAAGUCGUGUCCUAAAUCCUUCAAAUGUAGCAAAUGUAGUAGUCAUCUCCAUAAUAGUUUGUUACACUUCGAGAGAAACCGUUCCAAUAGUCAGUCGUCCUCAGAAAAUAAUAGUCCAGGGACAUCGGGAAUCGAAUCGUCUCCUGAAGUAUCCCAUUGUGCCGCUAGUUUUGUAGGAAAUAAAAAUGAAACCAAAAAGGAAAUCUUGCUCGGUACUGUUUUGGUUCAUGCGAUUGACAGUAAAGGGUGCAAACAACCCUUGAGAUGUCUUAUUGAUUCGGGUUCGAUGAGUUCGUUCAUUAGUCGAAAGGCUGCCAAUCGAUUGGGAUGGCCUAAAACUCCUUGCUCGUUCGAAGUUAACGGACUCAAUUCGAUGCAAACGAAACUGAAUCAGGGGCAAAUAAGUUUCUCUAUCCAACCUCGUCAUCAGGAGUCACCGGUGUUUCAUUUGGAGGCUAUUAUUACAGAUCGGGUUUGUUCGGAUUUGCCCAGCACCCAAAUAGAUAUUUCUGCUUGGAAUUAUAUUAAAAAUUUGAAGUUAGCUGAUCCCAAAUUUAAUUGUAGUCAAUCGGUCGAUUUGUUAAUUGGUUGUAGUAUAUUUUCGAAGGUGUGGUUAGAGGGUAAAAUUGAAGGUAAACCGGGACAACCUGAUGCCCUAAAUACCGUUUUUGGAUAUAUUUUGUUGGGCCCAACUAGCACCUUUCGUCAACUUGUUCUUCUUCUUCGUCACUUGUUUGUCUUUCAAAUGUGGAAGACUCGUUAG